ACGCAAGUAUCUUCUCUGCAACAAACCGUGGCCGCAGAUUUAGCAUUGAAAUUCUAUGACGAGCUUGAACAGCUUAGAGCUCCUCGCUUUGCAAACUGCAGACUUCAUCUGCCUUGCAUUUCAUUCUGUGUCACGGAAGUCAGACGUAUACACAGUCAAAACCAGGAGGCUCUCAUCAUGUAUAAAAUCAAGGCGGACGGGCUUAACGACCUGCUCGUCAUCACUAAAGAAAUCCUAGUUCAGUUCUGGCGGGCAAAGCCCAUUCAGCAGACGUUCUUACUUGUCCGUCCAUGGGAUCGGUAUCUCCUCGGGGUACCUGACUUUGCAGAGCAGCCUGACUUUGCAGACGAUCAAAAGAGCGUGGAAUAUGGGACCGAGCUUGGGUCCCCGAUGGACUACUCUGACAGGCCACCUAGUGGUUUGCCUGUUGAAGAGGAGCCUGGCUUACGAGCGUUGCGGUUAAUGGUUCGCCUUGAACAGCCUUUCGACGCAUUUUUGCUCGCACAGCAGCGUGUCGGAGAAUACAAGAGGAUCGCGUCGGACUAUAACAUCAUUGCACAAGUCAAAGAUAUUGCAUCGAUUGAUAGCAUGGACGUUGGUACCGUAGAAAUUCUCUAGCUAAUAGCUACAGAUAUUUAAAACUAG